ACGCAGCCUCUUCCACCUGGAUCUCCCAACAAUCUUGAUCUGAAGAUCCAAGAGAGCCAUCAUGGAGGGCUCAUCAGAUCAGCACUUCAGAUUCCUGGAUCUUCCGCAAGAGAUUCGAACAUUCAUCUACCAACACCUGCUCUGCGACUUUGGGGAGCCGGCCCCAGCAGGGCUGAAAGGACAGCCCAUGAAAUACAACACUAAUUCAGCGUCAAUAUCUUCCGUAUCACGCUCGGUGGAUACCAGUAUUCUUCGCGUAAGCAAGCAAAUUUACGCCGAAGCAUAUGGUGUUAUGUUCAAGAGCAACAAGUUUGUCCAUAUCGAGGCCUACGGUAUUCCUCUUUCGCUUGCACUUCUCCUGUCUGAAUUUCCUGUCGUCACUAUGGAUCGAGCAUGCGCCCAGCGCUUCGGUGGCUACUUCAUGCGACUUGUCAUGAGGUCAAAUAGGUCCAAUUCACUCGAUGACUCAAGUGACGAUGAAGAACAGGACGAUGAAGAAGAGGAUGAUGAAGAGCAGGACGAUGAAGAAGAGGACGAUGAAGAACACGACGAUGAAGAACAGGAAUCGACAGCUGCUAUAGAGAAUUACGGAACACCCACCGAAGAAACUUUCCAGAACCCAUUCUUUUCGUUCGUAAUACUUGGGCGCGACUGGCCGAAAUUCUGCAAAGUACUAGAACUAUCGGAUUCCCUCUACCUGACAGAAGCCUUCAACCGAGCUACCGAUCCAGUAACCUUGACCAUCAACCCGUGCAGUGAUCGGAAGGAAAACGAAGGCCUGAGCCAUAUCUUCACACUCCACACUCAAAAGGCUCUCCUCGACCCACUGCGUUCGCUUCACAACUUUCAAAACUUCAAGAUCCUCGGCCAGGUGGAUGAAGAACUCGCAGCAGACGUCACAUCGUCUCUAUCCAUACAGAACCCCCAAGAUCCCGAUAAUGUCAUAAGCAACGUCCGCUUCUUCAACAACGCGGGAGCACGCGUCCAAGUCUUCCAAGAUUGGCCCGACACCGGCCCCUGGGACGCCGCCUUCCACAUGGUCCAAUACACCAUCCUCUACCUCGACAAGCUGUGCGAAUCCGCGGGCAUGGGCUUCCUGAACCCCAUGGCCGAACUCAGCCUCGCCGUCUGCGCAAACUUGAUGCUGCGCGUGCUCCACAGCGUUAUCGCCCUCCGGUCGCAGCCCAACGACAUCGUGGACCUGGUGCCGCCGGAAGCGGCGCAGAACGUCUUCUACCAGCUGAAGUCGUCGUUCGACUCGUACAACCAGUUUGCGGGCGAGAUGAUGGUGGAAAUGGCGAACGCGGGCGCCACGUGGAAGCCCAGCCCCGUGCAGACGGCGCAGGUGGAGCACAGUCUCGCGAUGUUUCUGAGGUUGACGAAGCAGAGAGACGAUAUUGAGACUGCGAAGUGGGUGAUUGCGUCGGCGUUGUCGAGGGUGCCGGGGGAUGAGCAGAUGCAGAGGGAGCAGGAGUUGAUAUCGAAGUGGGAGAAUGGGGAGUCGACGGAGACGUGGGCUGAGGAUAUUGAUGACCUGAAGCCGUUCGUUACGGCUGAUCCGGAGGCGUAAUUUGCGAAGUCGUUCAUCGAGAUAUACUAUUGCAAAUAUUGGUAGAUUGAUUUCUUUUUAUUUCGGUCGGCCUAUUGUUUAAAUCUGAUAUAUAGACACCUUUCCAUAGUGGCUCGCUCGAGGUAGAUAUCUGGUAGCAAACUUGCUCUGAAAGUAAGAAUACUGUCCACAGCCGGUCUGGGCGUAUUUG